GUUCAUAAAAUUAGUAUAAAUAACACCUCGAGAUUCGAAUAGACGGGAAUAAAAUCAGACCAUUUAUAUUUGAAAGUACGUUAUCAACUUUCCAGUCAUCUGUCGAAUAUCACGAGAAAAAUUCCUGGAAAACAUUCAUCCUCAUAUUUUGGAAAAUCAAUUUUUAAUAAAAGUGUCCAAUACUGAAUGGGUCGUUCAAUUUUGUUGUCGUGUCGGUGACGGAUUUCAGCUAUGAAUUUACAAAAGCUCUGGCUAGCCUCUGUACGAAUCGGACAAAGAUAAAAAAAAAGUAGAAGACUUCGAAUAAAAAAGGCGAUAUCCAAAAGGAAAAAAGGGCCAUGGGCUACGACGACGUUACAGUAGCGAUAGGCGAAUUUGGCCGCUAUCAAAAGAGAAUUUACUUUCUUUUGAGCAUACCCGCAAUGUCCGCCGCCCUUCAUUCAAUGGCUGGAGUAUUUUUAAGCGCUCAGCCGUCCUUCAGAUGCUUGCUUCCAGAGGAAAAUUUGGAAAACGCAACGUUCGAGUUACCCUCGAAUCUGACGGGGUAUCCGCCCGAUAUAUGGAGUAACGGAACCAAAGAAUUGUCAAGUUGCGAGAGUUACGUGGUUCGCUCAAAAGUUCAAAAUAAUUCAGACGCCGACACAGAAUUUCAAGCUCAGUCGAUUUUUGUGGAGAAAUGUAAUUCCUUUGUUUACGACAAAUCGAUUUUCACGCUCACCACUACCUCUGAGUUUAAUUUGGUUUGCGAUAGAGCUUGGCUGCGAGCAAUGGCCGACUCAAUUUUUAUGGUGGGAAUGAUGAUAGGAUCGAUAAUUUUCGGUGAUUUGGCAGACCGGUAUGGACGUAAGCAGAUAAUUUGCUACUGCGUAACGGCUCAGGCGGCCGGAGGAUUGCUCGCGGCUUUGGCCCCGGAACUAUAUUCUUUCAUGAUUUUUCGAGCGAUCAUAGGAUCGACUGAAAAUGGUCUGAUACUUGUGGCCUUCGUUGCCGCGAUCGAGCUGGUCAUCCCGGAGAGAAGAUUGAUGACCGGAACUGGCCUACAGUUAUUCUUCACCCUUGGAUACGCAUCAGUUGCAUUGCUCGCAUAUUUUAUCAGAAACUGGAGAUUUUUGCAGGUUGUAUUCGUCAUUCCCAGCGUGGGAAUGCUCGCUUACUGGUGGGUAAUGCCCGAGUCUGUUCGAUGGAUGCUUUCCAACGGUCGGGUGGAAGAGGCAAAAGCCGUACUUUUGAAGGCAUCCUCGGAAAAUGGAGUGGAAUUAUCUCGCGAAACAUUGGAUGGAAUGCUGAACGAAAAUAGCAGUACGAGCAAAAAAGCCGAGUCAGAAACAACGUCGAUUUAUCAUCUCUUCAAGUACCCAACCCUGAGACGGAAGACUCUUCUACUCUGCGCGAUUUGGUUUAUCAUUACGAGUGAAUAUUACGGAUUAUCUUGGGACACCUCUAGCACCGGGGGUAACAUUUACGUGAAAUUCGUGCUAGCUGCCCUCGUGGAAUUGCCUGGCCACGCACUACCAUAUUUUACCUUAGACAAAUGGGGGAGAAAGAUCGUCCUCUCUGGCUGCAUGUGUCUCUCCGGCUUCGUUUUACUUUCCACACAAUUUGUUCCGAAUGACAUGACGUGGCUGACGAUACUUCUGACGAUGAUGGGAAAAUUUGCGAUCACCGCGGCGUUCGACGUAAUAUUCAUUUUCACGGCGGAGCAGUACCCGACUGUGAUCAGGAACACCGGUGUCGGAGCCUGCGCCACUUGGGGAAGAAUAGGUGGAAUAGUAGCACCUAGCAUUUUAUAUUCGUCUGUCGUUUGGAGAUCUUUGCCCCUGGUGAUUUUUGGUACUGGUUCGGUGAUAGCCAGUGUCCUGACACUGUUUCUCCCGGAAACUUUGAAUCAAAAAUUACCCGAUACAAUCGAAGAAGGAGAACGACGUGGAAGGUCACUCCGCGCUGAACAUCAUGUUAUUAAUUUGACAAAAUCAGAUGAAGCGAUGCGCCUGCAGAGUGACGAGAAAACUAAACUGCAAUCCAUCAGUUGAGAUGCAAAGAGAGUUGGCUUGGCAAGGCCGUAUUAUUUCAAUGUAAUGGAAUGGAUAUCGAAUACGGACUUCAUUGCUUAAUGAACGUUAGAAAAUCAGUUAGAUUACGUUUGUUCGAUGAAGAGAGUAUAGGCGUGAUUCGGAUACUGCUAUGAUUACGAAAGGAAAAAAUUUAUUUACAUCGUAUUCGUUAAUCUUCAUUUGUCUUUUACAAUAAAAAUUCAUUAUUUUGAUGAAGACAUGCCAGCAUA